UCUUUUUGUAUGAAGACUGCUUUGUGCCUCACUGGAAGGAGUCCUCCAUGACAGAGUCUUCUGUCUCCUUCUUCCUGACCUGAUCUCUUCCUCUCCCAGUGGAGUUACAAUGUUAUGAUCGACGCCAGGUGGAGAAUUUAAGCACUUCACAACAGGAGAAACUCCAACAUUCAGCCACCGAAAGUCCUUACCGAGCUCGUGCCCAUGGCCCACCCCCAUGAGGCUUGGUUUAGACCCACCCACUCCAGUGGAAGCAGUGAGGACAUGCCCUCCUGGUGGGACCUCCACUUGGAGAACUCAAGCUGGAUGGACUUCCAGAAUGUCCAAGGUGGCUUCCAGACCUCCACCCAGGCUGGGGGGCUGCAACCCACCAUCGGCACCUAUGGUUCGGAGCCCCAGCUCUGCGGACCCCCUUCCCACCUCCCCCCAGCCGCUCAGCACUACACCCAGGAUGGGUUCAAGCAACUAGACGCCACAGAGCAGGAAUUCCACCCGCUGGAGGAGCCUGUGGGUGUGGGCAACAGGCCCAAGACGCACCGCUGCUCUGCACCACGCAGCUCCGGCCAGACAGCCUGCCUUUGUCCGAACUGUGUGGAGGCAGAGAGGGUGGAACCCUGUGGCAGCAAAGACGUCAAGAGGAAGCAUCUCCACAACUGCCACAUCCCCGGCUGUGGCAAAGCCUACACCAAGACCUCACACUUGAAAGCCCACCUCCGCUGGCAUAGCGGAGACCGGCCCUUCAUCUGCAACUGGCUCUUCUGCGGCAAUCGCUUCACCCGCUCGGACGAGCUCCAGCACCACCUCCAGACCCACAACGCCGCCAAGAAGUUCACCUGCACUAUCUGCAACCGGGUCUUCAUGCGGAACAACCACCUCACCAAGCACCUCCGGACCCACAAGGGGUCCAAGGAGGAGAGGGAGGCAGUGGCCAGCACUGGCAGCAAGGGCUUCGAGCCAAACCCUGACGCCUACCUCAAACCCAAACCUGAGCCCAGCACCAUGCCUGGGUGGAGCAGCCAUACCAACUAUUGACGACAACCAGACAAGCCCGCGAAAGUGAUGAAAAUACAUCAAAGGGUUCCGUAGUAAUCUUUUUUUAGACUAGCGUUCUAGUCUACAAGGUAAAUAAGGCAUGCCUCAAUAGCUAUACGCUGUACAGACUUUAUUAGAGACUGGCGGUGACUAGAGAUUUAUAUAGUUUGACACAUUUUUUUAUUGCUUUUUUAUUGCUUUUCUUUUUUUAAUGAGGCACUUAAAGGUUUGUUUUUUUCCCUCCAAGAUGAUUAAAGUCCCACUGCCAAUCAAGAUUCUACUUGUCCCUUUUUUCUUCUUUUUAAUAAAUCUUACAACAGUAGAUGGCAUUGUGGCUACAGCCUAUCCAGUCUGGUUUACUUUCAAAUCAAUCUAAUGAACUGUGCACCGACUGUGGCUCACAAACUGAAAUAAUUAGUGAAAAAACAAA